ACGCAGGAUGAAAGCAUAGUUCAGCGCAAAGCAGCGUAUUCCAAACAAGUCAAAGUAUUUGUGUAAUUUUAUUCUUAUUUUCAAUUAAAUUAAACUCACAUUUUAAAGUAAAAAAUGUUCAACUUAAACGGUAAAAAUGUUGUCUACAUUGGUGGAUUCAGCGGCGUCGGUUACCAAGUUUGCCGCUUGCUGAUGAAGAAGAACAUCAGCUACCUAAUUAUGAUGGGCCGCAUGGAGAAUAUGGAGAUGAUGAGGAAAUUGCAAGCCGAAAACAGUGCCGUCGAGGUCAAGUUCAUCCCCAUGGACCUGAUGGAUCGCUCCAGCAUGCAGCAGGCUAUUAAGCAAAUGAUGGGCGUUAUUAAGCAAAUCGAUGUUUUGAUUAACGGUGCUGGUGCGUUGGCCGACAAGGACAUGGAGACCACGAUGGGUGUUAAUUUGACGGGCAUGAUGCAAAUGGUGAUGUUAAGUAUGCCCUAUAUGGAUAAAUCACAAAUGGGCAACGGUGGUAUUGUGAUGAACAUCGCCUCCGUCUAUGGAUUGGAACCUGCACCUGCCUUCCCAGUAUAUGCCGCUGCCAAGCAUGGCGUCAUUGGUUUUACGCGCUCAAUGGCUGAUCCACUUCACUACCAACACACUGGUGUGGCCUUUAUGGUCGUUUGUCCUGGUCUCACCACCAGUGAAAUGAUGAUGAAUUUACGUGAGAAAUCAAUGAUGGGUCAACAGUCAUACGUUGGUGAGAUGAUCGAAGCGAUGAACCAGGCUAAACACCAAUCGCCCGAAGAGUGUGCGAUGAAUAUGGUCAAAGCGAUGGAGAUGAUGAAGAAUGGUGCUGUUUAUUUGUGCAACAUGGGUCAAUUGAAGGAGGUGAUGCCAACCAACUACUGGCAAAUGUAAAUUUGUACUGUAGAAAAAA